CACGUUAACUUUAGGAGCUUAAAUUAAGGGGGAAACACGGCUAGCGCAAGACAGCGCUCCUCGGAGUUUGGGUUAUAGUGGUGAUCUGUCGGUUGGAGCUUUCCGCUCCGGUGCGGCCAGUGCAGCUCUCAUGAACUUAGGGAGGACUUUACCGCAAGCUUCACUGACAGCGCGUGCACUGACUGGCGCGAGCUGUUCCUCGCGCUUCACGCAGCUCGACCACUUGAAUAUUUUUGGGUGAGCAUGUCAACAGAGUGAAUGCGAACGGACCUUCUGGAGAGUUUGGAAAUCGUAGUAACGCACAACUCAUAAGAGUGUCUGGACUGUAGUCGAGGGGAGUGGAAGUUCAUCUGAUGGAGAAUACACAGGAGCUGAAUGAACAGAGCGUGAAGAAAUCUACCACUGAUUCCCAUGCUCCAGACCCAGUAGACAACAGGGCCUUGGCGAUGCAGGAUCUAACAGACCCCCAGCACUCUGUUAACAGUGGCAGUGACAGCACGUCCAAACUGGACAAAAACAUCCUCAGCAACAACAUCACAACCAAUGGAACCGGAGGAGAGAACAUGACAAUUCUAAACACGGCUGAUUGGCUGCUGGGCUGCAGUACCCCGCCCACUGCCCCAAUUAAGUCUGAGCCUCUGAACAGCAGUGAGUCUGUGAGCUCGGCGGGAGACACUGGGUUGGACACUUACACUGGGUCAGUUAUAAGCAGCAGUGGAUUCAGCCCUCGGCCGGCUCACCAGUAUUCACCUCCUCUCUACCCCUCAAAGCCUUACCCCCAUAUCCUGUCUACUCCCGUGGCUCCUCCCAUGUCGGCCUACACAGGCCAAUCACAGUUCACUAGCAUGCAGCAGUCGACAGUUUACACACCCUACUCUCAAACUACUCCACCCUACGGCCUCUCCACCUAUGCUACAGAUUUGGGGGUGAUGUUGCCAGGCAUAAAGACAGAAGGAGGGCUGGCACAAACCCAAUCAACCCUCCAAUCAGGGCUCAGCUAUAGCCCUGGAUUUACCACCCCUCAGCCUGGACAGACAGCCUACUCACCCUAUCAGAUGUCAGCAGGGUCAGGUUUCACAACCUCUCCUGGUCUCUACACAUCCAACAACUCCAAUCCAGGCAACUUCACCACACAACAGCAAGAAUAUCCCACCUAUACAACUUUUGGGCAGAAUCAGUAUGCUCAGUAUUACUCCACCUCCUCCUACGGUUCCUACAUGACAUCUAACAGCUCAUUGGAUGGCACAAGUUCAGUCUCCACCUAUCAGCUGCAAGACUCCACCCCCGUCAUGACAGUACAAUCGGGUGACCUGAAUCCAGGUGAGUUUGAGGCAGGGCAGAGCCCAUCCACGCCGAUCAAGGAGAUGGAGGACCGGGCGUGCCGAGGGGGUGGGGCUAAAGCAAGAGGGCGGGGCAGAAAGAACAACCCCUCCCCACCACCUGACAGUGACCUUGAGAGAGUGUUUGUUUGGGAUCUGGAUGAGACCAUUAUUGUGUUUCACUCACUCCUCACAGGCUCCUAUGCACAGAAGUACGGCAAGGACGCCCCUUUGGCUGUGACUCUUGGUUUAAGAAUGGAGGAGAUGAUCUUCAAUCUUGCUGAUACACAUCUAUUUUUUAAUGAUUUAGAGGAGUGUGACCAGGUGCACAUUGAUGACGCCUCUUCAGAUGAUAACGGACAGGACCUCAGUACUUACAGUUUUGCCACUGAUGGCUUCCAUGCAGCUGCGACAAGCGCAAGUCUCUGCCUAGCAACAGGUGUUAGGGGCGGAGUCGACUGGAUGAGGAAGUUAGCUUUCCGAUACAGAAGAGUCAAAGAGUUGUACUGCACUUACAAAAACAAUGUGGGAGGGUUGCUGGGACCGGCUAAGAGGGAGGCGUGGCUCCAACUGAGGGCAGAAGUUGAGGCUCUCACAGACUCCUGGCUGACCAGUGCACUCAAGUCCCUGUCAAUCAUCAGCUCAAGGAGUAACUGUGUUAAUGUCUUGGUGACAACGACACAGUUAAUACCUGCGCUGGCUAAGGUGCUGUUGUAUAGCCUGGGCUCAGUGUUUCCUAUUGAAAACAUUUACAGCGCAACCAAAAUAGGCAAAGAGAGUUGCUUUGAGCGCGUAAUGCAGAGGUUUGGCAGGAAGGUAGUGUAUGUUGUAAUUGGGGAUGGUGUAGAAGAGGAGCAGGCCGCUGCCAAGGUAACGACCUGCAGGUGAACCAGAAGCAGUGUGUGACUUCUCAGAUUGGACUUCCUGCCUGUGUGUGCUUUAGAGCUUUAGAUGAAACUGAUCGGCAGCUUGUGUGCUUCAUUUAUUUCCUCAUCUGUAGUUUAAAUGGGGAUGUCUGUAGCGGUUGCUUUUUCCCUCUGAUCAUCUGAGACCAACUUUUCUUUCUCAGAUCCCAAGCGAUCUAGAACAGAGCUAUUCAACUGAGGUUCUCUAAGGUCUCAGGCAUCUAAUCGCAUCCCGUAGCUUCCUGUGGUCUGAGAUUGGUCAAGUAAACCUCCUGUAGAUGAUCUGCUGAGAUGCUGAACCUGAAGACCCAGUUGAAUACUUUUGUUCUAGGAAACCACUAUUGCAGCAUUUCUAAACAAA